AUGCCAGCCCAGGUCAAGGAAAACAAAGACCACCAAGUCCUAGACACCCUUGAUGCAGAGGGCAGCUGCUUUGGCACGCGCACGCGUGGCGCGGUCACCGAGAAAGGCCUGUGGCACAGAUAUGUGCACGUGUGGGUGCUGAACCUUCCGGACAGUGCUGUCCUGAUGCAGCUGCGGGCCCCGGAGAAGAAGAGAUUCGGGGGGAUGUGGAAUUGCACGUCAGGGUUCGUCAUGUCUGGGAUGCCCUCCUUGGAAGCUUGCAAGAAGCAUCUGGAUGCCGAGUCCGGGAUGAAGUUUGAGGAUCACAAGUACGAGUUUGUGUUCAGCUGCAAAGAAAUUUCUGAGUUCAAGGGUGAAACGCUGCGGCAGUGGAUCGAUGUCUACGUCGUGUCGCUGAAGAAGCCCCCGGAGCUGCGCAAGAUCUUCUAUGACAUCAAGGAAGCCUCAGAGCUGAAGUACAUAGGUGUCGGGGAGCUGGAGCAGGCCUACCAAACUCAGGAUCCGAGCUUCGUUCUCGUGGCAGCGCCGGAGUACUCGCGGAGACUCUUCCACUUCCUGCACAAACAGAUUCGCACCUACCUGGAAAUGUUGCCCAAAGUGGACUCCGAUGAGGAGCGGCACAACAAGAAAAGUCAGCAACUGCUGGACAGGAUUGGAGACAUCUCCAUGUUGGACAGGGCGCAGGACCUGAAUGUAAUUGUGGAUCCAUGCAGAAGAAUCGAAGCCUACAAUGAGAGCGUAUGGCAUCGUGCUGUGCACGUCUGGGUCUUCGACAUAGAGGGUGGCCGCUUUCUCAUCCAGCAACGCUCGCCGAAGAAGCGACACUUUGGUGGCAAGUGGAACUGUUCCACAGGCCACAUCAAGAUGGGUGAUCCCGCUCUUCCGACGGCCAUGAAAUCUGCCCCUGAUCUGCACAGACCCAACCUGGACCUAGACCCCAAGUACCCUUUAAGAUACUCGGGAAGAGCCAGCCCCUGUUGGGAUGCACUUGGGCCCUUGUGA